CGCCGCAGCUGUCUGCUGCACUGAGCCGCCUGGCGCCAUCCGGAAAGAAUGCCUUCAGUGUAGGAGAAAAGAGAGGGGGGCGCAGAAAGAGAGAGAGAGAGAGCGAGAGAGAGAGGAGGGAGGGAAGGGGGAGAGGGGGGAGGGCGGGCGGGAGCGGGAGUGGGAGGCCUGAGUGGCUGUGCAACACGCCGCUGCUCGCUCGCGUCGCGGUCACUCUGACGCACGCGAACCUGUUGAGCGCACGUCGUCUUGGGCUCCAAAAGCAAAAGCGGAAAGAAGAAAGGAGAAGGAGGAGAAGAAGUUUUCGGGCCGAGUUGCGGCGGAUGUCGGCCGCGCGUUAACCGCCUCUGUCUCUCAUGUGUGCGCAGGUGAGAGCUUUGUGGAUUUAAGCGCAAAGGCGACAGAGCGAGCGAGAAGCCAAAAAAGGCGGAUUUUGCCGCGCCGGGACAUUUAGAAGAAGACGACGACGACGAGGAGGAGGAGGAGGAGAGGUGGAGGAGAUGGAGGUGAGCGCGGAGCAGCCCCGCUGGAUGAGCCACCACCCGGCCGUGCUGAACGAGCAGCAUCCCGCCUCGCACCACCCGGGCCUGGGCCACUCCUACAUGGAGCCGGCGCAGUACCCGCUGGCCGACGAUGUGGAUGUACUCUUUAACAUCGACGCGCAGGCCAACCACGUCUCGCCCUACUACGGCAACUCGGUGCGGGCCGUGCAGAGGUACCCGCCGCCCCCGCACGGCGCUCCGGUGUGCCGGCCGUCGCUGCUGCACGGCUCGCUGCCGUGGCUGGAGGCGGCCGGCGGCAAAGGCCUGGGCGCGCACCCCGGCGCGUCCCCGUGGAACCUGAGCCCCUUCCCCAAGAGCCCGCUGCACCACCACCACCACCACCACGGCUCCCCGGCCGGCCUGGCCGUCUACCCGCCGGCGUCGUCGUCGUCGUCGUCCUCAUCGUCUUCGUCGUCGUCGUCGUCGUCGUCGUCGUCGCUGUCCGGGGGCCACUCCAGCCCGCACUUGUUCACCUUCCCCCCCACCCCGCCCAAGGACGUGUCCCCGGACCCGGGCCUGUCCGCGCGCCCGGAGGACAAGGAGUGCGUCAAGUACCAGGUGACGCUGGGCGACAGCAUGAAACUGGAGACGGCGCACGGCCGCGGAGUGGCGGCGGCGCUGGGGCCGGGGCCCGGGCCCGGGCCCGGGCCGGGGCCGGGGCCCCCCGUCUCGGCGGCGGCGGCGGCGGCGGCGGCGGCGGCCCACCACCACCACCACCACCACCACCACCACCCCAUCGCCACUUACCCACAAUAUGUCCCCGAAUACGCGCCGGGCCUCUUCCCACCAAGUAGCCUGAUAGGUGGGUCCUCUUCUAGUUAUGGUUCCAAAACAAGACCAAAAACAAGGUCCUGUUCAGAGGGCAGGGAGUGCGUGAACUGCGGCGCCACGUCGACCCCGCUGUGGCGACGGGACGGUACGGGCCACUAUCUGUGUAACGCCUGCGGCCUGUACCACAAGAUGAACGGCCAGAACCGGCCCCUCAUCAAGCCCAAGCGGCGGCUGUCGGCGGCCAGGCGCGCGGGCACGUCGUGCGCCAACUGCCAGACGACCACCACCACGCUGUGGAGGCGCAACGCCAACGGCGACCCGGUGUGCAACGCCUGCGGACUCUACUUCAAGCUGCACAAUAUCAACCGACCUCUGACCAUGAAGAAGGAAGGCAUCCAGACGCGCAACCGCAAGAUGUCCAGCAAGUCCAAGAAGAGCAAAAAGUCCCUGCAGGACGGCGCCAUGGACGACUUCUCCAAGAGCCUGAUGGACAAGAGCGGCUCGUUCAGCCCGGCCGCCCUCUCCCGCCACAUGUCCUCCUUCCCGCCCUUCUCGCACUCCGGCCACAUGCUCGGCACCCCCACGCCCAUGCACCCCUCCUUCGCGCCCCACCACCCGUCCAGCAUGGUGACGGCCAUGGGCUAGACGCCGCUUUACCCCUGCGCCGGUCCGGGCCGCAAAACUCGAAUCGAGGCAACCGGACGCGUCCUGGUUGUUGAAGACGCUUCGCCUCCGAUCCAAACGGCUUCCUCGCUUUCAGAUUUUAGCUGCGGAGUCUGGGAACCGAGCGCACGCUAUGACAUUUUCAACCCCAGGAGUAGAAACGCUGACAAGACCACCUCAGAAGGUUUUGGUCCAAAGAGGAGGUUCUUAUCCCAAGCAGAGGUUUUAGAGCCGCCAGUAGUAGUACAAGUCGGAACGAAGGUCCUAAACCUGAGACGAGGUUCUAGUCCUGAGGGUAUGUUCGAGUCCCAAGAGUAGGUUUUUGUCCUGAGAGAAGAUAUUAGUCCUUUGAGAUCGACCUAGUCCCAAGGCAAGGAUCUUGUCCCGGGAGAAGGUUUUAGACCCGAGUGCAGGCACGAGCGAAUGAGCCAACUGGUGGUUCACCUGUUGGGUGGCAAAAUGGCCGCUUUUUCGAUGGACCGAAACAUUUUGAGGAGGCGUGAAAGAUGUCAGCAGGACAUUGUCGGAAGUUCACACAAUUCCGCAGCGAAAUAUUUCAAAGCCGAGAAGCCUUUUGUCUCCGACGUCUUCAACAACCAACGAGGGCCCGGUCUCCUCCGAUCGACCUUUUGCGGACUACCUCGACCCGGACGACUGAGAAUCUUCGGUCGAUCUUAUUUUUAUAAAAUCAAAGAGGGAAACGGACUCAAACCUCUCGGACACUCGAUUCUCCCUCGGAUCAGGAUCUCCAUUUGUGUACGAAAAAGAUCCCAAAAGCUGACAAAAACUUCCUGGCGUGGCACCUGCGUAACAGGGCGUUUGUACAAAUUGUAGGGAAUACAUUUAACCAGAUCAAAAAAGGACACUUGACCAAGGGUACGAGGAGGCGAGGACGCAGGCCACAAGUCCGUGUAAAGAUAGCGUUCGCGCCUUUCCUUUUAUUUUUGGAUGUGCUUUAAGUCUCGGCCUGUCGCUUUGUGUUGACACACGCGCACACAGACGCGCACACACACGCACGCACGCACGCACGCACGCACGCACACACUUGACAGAUGAUGAUAUGCAUUGUGAAAAAAAAAGUUCCUGUAUUUGUUCUUUGUAUGUAAAAAAAAAUCAGAGUACCAAAAAUACGAAAGAAACAAAGAUGUAGAAUUAUUUCUUUAUGUUAUGCAGACUGAAUGGUUGUAAAAAUUGAAUAAUAAUAAUCACUAGUGUAAAAUAUGGCUGCUUUUUUUGGUUGUUUUUGUUUGAUAAACCCUACCCGAGUCUGCCCUCUCUCUCUCUCUCUCUCUCUCUCUCUCUCUCUCUCUCUCUCUCUCUCUCGCUCCCCCCCCCCGCCCCCCCUUCCCUUGUUUCAAAAUAAUAAAACUAGUUGAAUCUCUGUUGACACGUUA